CCGUCUUCAACUUAAAAUUAUAAAUAUCUUCGGCUACCGCACAGCGUCUCACUUCCGAACGAAGACCAAACAUCACCAACACCCAAUUUCAAAAAGAAAAGAAAAAGAAACGAAACGAAACGAAAAUAAAAAUGCCUCGAGAAGGAAGCGGACGAGCCCACAACGCUCAAGAUCUCUCUCCCGAGACUGAUCACAACAUUAUCCACGGCACUGGCAACGAGCCAAAGACCUCUCACGUCGCGCGAGCGGACAAGACGGCAGAACUUCCCGAACAUGAGCAUGGUGCGGGUUUGAAAGAAACGAAUGCUAGCGGCGGCCAGAGCCAAGGCCUGCCACGGGCCUCUAAGGAUGGAUAGGUUGAAUGUGGAAAAUCGAUCAAAAAGACACCGGGGUGACAUUAUUUAGGGUCAGGUAAUUGGGAAAAUAGAGACUAAUUACAUCAAAAGCGUGUUCUUGCUAGCACCGUCAGGUAGCUUGGAUCUCAGUAUUAACCCUGGGUAUACUCGCCCAUCCACACCGUUGUUCCAGUCCGGCUGGUAGGGUAGCUGGUUA